AGUUUUUUUCUUUCUUUUUUUAUUUCAGGACAGAGGAAUUAUUCAAAAUCGUCCUCCUCUGUACCCCAGAAAAAUGUAUUUUUUUCUGUCAAUGUUGGUCAAGCUGUUACUUUAGAAUGUUCUUAUGAAAGUCAAAAUUCAAGGCGCGUAUUCUGGUACAAGCAAAGUUUAGGUAAAAACCCUGAACUUAUAUCCAGUUUCUAUGUACAUGACACACAAGUGACCUUUUAUGGUGAAUUUAAGAACAAUCCACGUUUCCUACUGGACAUGGAAAACCAAAAUCAUCACUUAAAGAUUUUUAAUAUGCUAUUUUCAGACCUGGCUACUUAUAACUGUGUUAGUUAUGAAUCUUACAAACUUAAAUUUUUAAAAAGCUAUACCAUCCAUGUGAAGGAUGCGUCUUUUUAUCUCAGGGAAUCAGUAGAUUUUUCGUCCAUGCAGGAGGCUGCAUGGACAAGAGACUCUGUGACUCUGAACUGUACGGUACACACUGGGAGCUGUGAUGGAGAACACAGAGUUUACUGGUUCAAAGACUCUGAAGACUCUCAUCCAGGACUCAUUUACACUGAUGGAGGCAGAAAUGAUCAGUGUGAGAGAAACAACAACACAAAAACACACAGCUGUUUCUAUGAGCUGCCCAUGGAAAACUUGGAUGACUCUCAUGUCAGGAUCUACUGUGCUGUUGUCUCAUGUGGACACAUACUGUUUGGAAAGAUGGACCUCAAAGGUGAGCUUUAGCUUUACAGAAUAAAGUUUGUGAAUAAAACAAUGUUUAGAUUAGUGUUAUUCAUUUAUUUUUAUUUUUUUCUGGUGCCAGACUCUGCAGUUCCUCUGAACUCUGUGAUUCUUCACACUUUGGUUGGAUUAUUGACCAUCAUGAGCGUCCUCGUUGUUUUUCUGCUUUUUCUUCUGUGGAGGAUCAACAAGAGAAACAACUGCACCUCCACAGGUACACAAACUUCCUUCUCUGUUCUACAAAUAUGUUCUUUAAGUAAAACUUUUCCAUUUCAUAACCAGAGGAAAGAUCACCUGCUGCCCCCUUAAGAAGCACAGAGGUGAGACUGUUCACUUAUCGUGUUCAUCUUGGAUUCAGACUAAGUUCAUGCUUUGAUCAUCUUCUGUAAAUUUGGUUUCAGGCUAAAAAGAAAGACACAGAAA